CAAAAAGAAAUGACAUAAGUUGAUAUUUCACAUAUUUAAUCGCCAAAGAUUAUCUGCAAACAGUAUUUCAUGUUACAAUAUGUAUUUAUCGGCUACGGGGAGUCAGUUUAUCACCACAGCCCGAACACCUCGAUCAUUCUGCGUUUUAAUUUUAACGUUUAUCAGCGGGCGCUUAAGUGCAGCCCGAUUUAUUCGACUAGAAUUGAUUAAAAAGAUACAGCGUGUAGAGUAUGCUUGUAUCUAUACUGACAGCUGCAACAUUUACAUGUACACUAUGUUUUGAAAUGAUGUGCCCAGGGACAUUAAAAUGUUUUCCCCCGGGGUCUAACCGGGGACCUUUCGCGUGUCAGGAGAGCGCACCGGGCGGUUAAGUGUGCUGCAAAUGCGCCCCGUUUCACUCCUGGAAAAACCACAAACAAAAAUAUGGAUUUAAAUCGGAUUGAACUGCGUCGGUGCGUCUUUAGAGACCGCCGUUUGCGAGUCUUGCACUGUAGUUGUCAGCAAGGCGACAGAUUUCAGUUUUGUAGACUGUUUUGGGCAGGUGUCAGUAUGCGGCGCUUUCUUUCUAAAGGGGGUUUGAGCGAAAUCACAUACAAAUCGAGGUCGAAAUCAGCCAGGGCGCGCUCUAGCCCACAGCGCCGGUGUAAAAAGACCCAUUCAGCACAUCACCUCGUUGGUAAGAGCGACAUGGUCACGAGUUUUCCUGUCUGUAAACACAGCGGCGUGGAAGGGUCCGGCUCUGAAGCGCAGGUUGAUGUUCCCGGUAUAUAAACAACAGCGCGGCGGACCCUCUCACACAGACUGAAGCCCGCAGCCGCCGGCAGCAGGCUGGCUAAUUCACGAAUUCACUCGUCCGUGCACUGGCAAUCCGUGCUGGGAUGAUGGUUAAAAAAAAUAAGAUAUAUAGUUUGUCGAAUUGUAUUGUUAAACAGCAAAAUACAACAACACACACUUUAUAGUACAACUUAAAAUCACGAAUAAAUGGUGGAGGGGGAGUGCGGCAAUAUUUACGUCUCUUAAGAAAUCGGUCACCGCGGGAUAAGAAGUCCGGGUCCCCGCCGUGUGAAGAAGGGCGAGUGAAGGUUACUGAACGGGAUGGGCACCGAAGAUAAAGUCGUCGUGGUUGUAACGGGGUUUGGCCCUUUCAGACAGUACCUGUUCAACCCCAGCUGGCCGGCAGUUCAGGGCUUGAAGAUGUCAGGCCUGGGAGAAGAUGUGGACAUUCACAUUAAAGAGCUGCCAGUGAGCUACAGAAAAGCUCAGGAGCUAGUUGUCCUCCUGUGGAAGACCUUCAGCCCCCAGCUGGCUAUCCAUGUGAGAAUUGCUCCAGGAUCCAGCGCCAUUAUUCUGGAGCAGAGUGGGAAGAAUGAAGGCUAUAAAUCCCGGGAUGUGUGUGGCACCUGUCCUGCCGAUGGCCGCUGCGUGGUGGGGGGGCCAGGGAGGAUUGACUCUGUGAUGGACAUGAAAUCCCUGGCCAGGCGCCUGAGGGGCAGGGGGCUUGACGUCAUUUACUCAAGGGAUCCUGGGAGAGGCCUGAUCACACAUCUAAUCCACAAAGAUGCUGAACUAGAAAACACAUUAUCAUAUCAUCUCAUUAUACUGUACCUGUGCGACUUUGUUUACUACACCUCCCUCUACCAGGGGAAGGGCCGAGCCGCCCUCGUCCACGUGCCCGCGUCAGGACGCCUGGCCUCCACACAGACACUGGUGCCCAUCCUCAGGGACAUCGCCCACGCCCUGCUGCAGCAGCUCCAGGGAGCAGCAGGAUCAGAGGAAAGAUUAAAGACCGAUGCCGUGGAAACAUCUGGUGCCAGUGUGGUUAAGCUAUAGACCACUUUACCAUAUCCGAGAGUUAAUCGUAACCAGUCAAACGCCUUGAGCCUCAGGACAGGCUCUGGCAAGCUGUCACUCAAUAAUGGAAGGGCAUUUUUUAAUAAUAAAAAACCGACAUUCGGUAUUUAACAAAUAGGAGCACAGUCUGUUUUUGUUUAAAAAAGAACUCUUUAGCAGCUAGAUAUUACUGGACAGAUGUGCAAUAUUCUAAACAGCCUAUAUUUUGUUUCAGGUGGAUAUGGUUUUGGUUUGCAUGCAAUGUACUGCUCAUCAAGUAGGCAAUACAGGACUAACUUUUCCAUCAGUCUUUUUUCCCCACUGUGCAGGGUGGAAAGAGCUUCACCUUCCACCCACAGCAACCUCAACACACAUCUUACGCCCAGUCAUGAAUUCACAUCUCCAGCACCUAAAGGACUAGAGAAGAGUGUCCAAUUGGGCCUGUUAAGCUAAAGAUCAGUCAGGACCAGUUAAGACCUAGUUGCCCCAAUCCGGUACCCACAGGGCACAGAAACCCGAGCUAUCCCUCCAGAGGAGUGGUUGUCUGAAUACCCACGAGUCAUCUAGUGUGUGAUAUCCCACCCCCCCACCAUGAACAUCAGUCAACCUGUAUGGUGCAGGUCCGGUUGGUUGGAUUUGAGUAACCUGAUGGAAGGGUGAUCCGAUGUUCAGUAAAGUGGUACAGGGCUGAUGGCAUUUUACAUCCCUGUCCAAAAGGCGAUUCUUUUAUAAGAGGAAUCAAUUUACCUCAGAGGACUUGAGAACACUGCUCAUAAAUGAAAAACAUAACUUAGCUGAGAACCUUAACCUCUGAACUACUGCUCAUUGGAAGGGAAUGUGAGGCCCUCCAGUUACAAAAAACCCCCGACCUUAACACUCAUCUAGAAUAAGGAUCUUUUGAUGUCCCUUCUUGGGAUGCUACAGUAAAGGGAGCCAAUACAGGGGACAUGGAAAACAUGAACACAGGCAGACUCGAUACUCGGGUUGGAAAGGGGUUAUUUGCAGUAUGUGCAGCCCACAGAUUUAACCAUUAAAUUUCUAGCUUUAUUUUGGCUUGAAUGUACACCAGUUAGUGUCACUCCCCACUGUGCCUAGCCUAUUUUUAAUAACUGUUCGCUUGUGGUCUGAAAUGUUCCCAAACUACCAUGUACUGUGUAUAUAUAUAAAUAGGGACCCAGGCAAAGGUUAAUUCUCUAAGUCGCUCCACGUAUAGGGUGCUUAUAACAUGAAUCACUCCACGUGCACAGGGAGCUCAGUUGGACCAAACCACAACAGCUGCACACACUGGAGGUCACAGACUUCAGCAGCGCUCACUGUGGUCCUGUGCAUUAGGCUGAAUGAACCUGCACAGUCGGCAUGCUCAUCUGACACGGCAUGGUCUCUACAGGACCCUGUCCUCUGUGCCAAGAUGCCGUUUGACACUAGGGGUGGCUUGAAUAGGUCAGCUACUCCUACAGGCACUAAAGCUCCCAACACAUCAAGGAAGAUGUCAUGUAUUAGCACAGACUUCUGAACUCUCCCCAGACAGUGCGUUACACCCAUAGUACACAGAGCAACCCAGACAAGCACACAAAAGGAAUGUGCUGAGAUUCAUUACUAAAGUAAUGAAGGACGUGUGAGAAAUUCUCAACAACACAAGCAGUUAAGAUCAGACAAAUAUAAAACUCAUGACAGUUGUCUUUGCAUACAGAAUUUGUUUUUAUUUAACUUAGAUCUUGUAGUACUUUAACUACUAGAAAAAAAGCCAGAAUAAGAGAAACUAAAAUCCUCUUUUGUUUCAGCCAUUCAAAAUAGACAAAAGUUUUUUCCCCAUAAUGUAAAGAAUUCAGAAUAUAUUGAUAACAGGAAUAAAUUCUUACAACAGAAUAUACAAAAAAACAUUUGAAACUUUUUUCAAUCUACUGAAUCAUUUUAAUAUAAACACAGGAAUUUCGUAUGAAUAAUUUACACACAGCAAAUUCUUUGUAACAAAUUGGCCAUCUUCUUAAUUUUCUUAACAAGACAGGAAAAAAAAACUUGAAAAAAUGUAGUUUUCAAUGUCAGUUUUAUGAGGCUUCCCAGUGGUAAAAUUGAAGCACA